AUGUUAGCUCAUGAAGCUUUAAAUUAUCUGUGCUUUGUAUCGGCAAUGAUGAAAAUAGGAGCACUUGGUCGGCAAGAUUCUCAAAGCAUGCUUCAUAAGUUGCAAGAGAAGGCUUCGCGGCAUACAGCUACUUUUGGGAGAAAACAGACUAAGAAAGAGACAGAAAUGAUGGAAACAGGAUUGAAUGAAAGAGGACCUAGUCUUCAAGAGUCUCAAGUAGCUCGUUCUCUCUUGCUAGCAUGUGGGGGCAACUCAAGAUUACAAAUGUCCUUAGGCAGCAAUGAUAUGGAGAAAGACAGUGAAGCGCAGUGGAGAGAUGAAUGGUAUGUGGAGAGUGGUUGGAGGCGAGGCUUCUGUGCAGACAAGGCUAGUCUCGUUUCGUUGUCAACGAAACAGAGAGCCUGCUUAUAA